AUGUCUAUAAUUCCUUUGUCGACCAAUACUGGCUUGAUAGGCUGGGUACCAAACAGCGACACUCUGCAUAGCCUUAUUCGCGACUACCGCGAGAAAGCUGGUGUUGUGCUUAACCAAGAGCAUCGGGAAAUGCUCCGACUUGCGCCGGAUUUCGAUCGACUUAACAUAAUUCAAAAGACUGAAGUCUUUGAACAGGGUCUGCGCGAGUCAGAUGGUCGUGAUCUGGCCAGUAUUCUGCGUCUAAAAAGCCACAGCUCUGAGGCGUGGUUUGAAAGACGAACCACUUUUAUCCGCUCCAUGGCAACAAUGUCAAUGGUUGGCUAUAUUCUCGGACUUGGCGACAGGUACGAUUUAGAGCUUUAUCUAUAA